UUUUUUUUUUUUUUUGCGAAUCGAAUUGAUUCAUUUCUCAAUUAUUUCUUACACAUCGAAUCAUUUCGCUCCCUACAAAAGCCUCACCCACAAACAAUCAAAUCCAACGAACUACAAAUCUGUUCAAAUUUAAGCAUAAUAAAUCAAAAUGAACUCAACCCAGCUCUUUCUCAACCGUCCGAUUUCUCUUUCUCCUCCGGCGGUGGAUCUCCCCCGUUCCUUUAAGACACGCGCAUGUCUUAACGUGGACGUGCAGACGACCAAUUCGGUGAAACUGAACUUGAAGAGCAAAGAAGUGAUGGAGAUAGAGGCGAAGGUGCUGGUGGGGACAUAUGCAAGGAACCCGCUAGUUCUCUCCAGUGGCAAAGGUUGUAAAUUGUAUGAUCCUGAAGGGCGAGAGUAUUUGGACUGUACCUCCGGAAUCGCAGUCAACGCUCUCGGCCACGGCGAUCCUGAUUGGGUCCGGGCGGUUACAGAGCAAGCCAAUUUGCUUACGCAUGUUAGUAAUGUCUAUUAUUCAAUACCUCAGGUAGAGCUUGCGAAACGUCUUGUGGAUUCUUCUUUCGCUGAUCGUGUAUUUUUCACAAAUUCUGGAACAGAAGCAAAUGAAGCUGCUAUCAAAUUUGCAAGGAAGUUUCAGAGGGUUUCCCAUCCUGAUGAGAAGCAGCCUCCAACGGAGUUCAUUUCUUUUACCAAUAGCUUCCAUGGGAGGACUAUGGGUGCUGUUGCUUUGACUAGCAAAGAGCAUUAUCGUUCACCUUUUGAGCCUGUUAUGCCUGGAGUUACUUUCCUGGAAUAUGGUAACAUUGAAGCUGCAAGAGAAUUGAUUAAAAGUGGGAAGAUUGCUGCUGUAUUCAUUGAACCUAUCCAAGGUGAAGGUGGCAUUUAUAGUGCAACAAAGGAAUUUUUGCAAUCCUUACGCAGUGCUUGUGAUGAUGCUGGGUCUCUCCUUGUUUUUGAUGAGGUUCAAUGUGGCUUGGGCCGAACUGGUUGUCUUUGGGCACAUGAAGCAUACAGUGUAGUCCCAGACAUAAUGACCAUUGCCAAACCUCUUGCUGGAGGCCUUCCCAUUGGAGCUGCAUUAAUGAGCGAAAGAGUUGCAGCUGCCAUGAAGUAUGGAGAACAUGGAAGCACUUUUGCUGGUGGACCUCUUGUCUGCAAUGCUGCUAUUGCUGUUUUAGAUAAAAUAUCAGGACCUGGUUUCUUGGCAAAGGUUGCUAAGAAAGGCCAGUACUUCAAAGAAAUAUUAAUUCAGAAGCUUGGUGGAAACUCACACGUCAAGGAAGUACGAGGCAUGGGGCUUAUAUUAGGGAUAGAACUGGAUGUAUCUGCUUCACCUCUGGUAGAUGCCAGUCGAAACUCUGGCCUUCUAAUACUAACUGCUGGAAAGGGAAACAUUGUUAGGCUGGUACCUCCAUUGAUCAUCUCAGAACAAGAAUUGGAGCUUGCGGCUGAUACUCUGCUUCAAUGUUUACCAGUACUUGAUAAUAACAAUUGAAGCCAGGAGAGAUAAAGCUCAAAUUGCUAGUAAUUCCUUAUUAUUAACCAUGAAAUGUUCUCAUUUCAAUUCCUUAUAAAUUGAACCAUUACAUUAUUUAGCAUGUAUUAACACAUGCACUUUUAUUGUAGAACUAUAGCUUAUAUUAUACAGUACGAACAGCAAUAGAAGCAUAAAAACUACAAGAUAUCAGAAGCUAGCAGCUAAUACAUAUGCUUAAAGUUAAAGGCCACAGUAGGCUUUUACAGUAGAAUCCUGUCCGUCCCUCUUUUGAGCAGAAGUAAUUCAACAAUCCAAAAUGAUCAAAUGGCUUAAACUGCAGAGCAUGUUCUUCAUCAAUUAGCUUCCCUGGAACUUUGAUCAUACCUUUCUGGUAAGAAAAUAGUGAAGAGCAUGUUUAAUUAAUUUUAUGCACUGUUGAUGCUGCAAAAACAGUUGAAUAAACUUUCUAAACAGUAACUUUACUA